UUUCAGCUGAGUAGUUUGUUGGAGAGAAAUUCCAGUGAAAAAGCUGAAUGAUGCAGAAAUCUCGUAAAUUUUCGCUAAAAUGUAGUUUCUGCAGAAUCUGGGGUGUCUAUUGUGCUGGAAAAUAGUGGUGAUGUGGGUAAAAGUGAUUUCCAGCUUCAGCAGCAACUCUCAAUUCCCCUGCAAGUGCCAAUCCUGAAGAGUCUACUUCGCAUAUUGCUGGUGUUUUUGCUAACCCCCACAAUGAUUUGGUACAACAAACUCCUGGCCAAGAAGCCCCAUCUCCUCCUUGUGGCUGUGGCAGUCUUCUGUGUAGCCUGCAUAGUCGUGGCGCUGACCACAAGGCGUUUCCCUGACUUCUCUGAUCCCACAUUGGGAUUUGAGGCUCGAGGGACGACAAUCAGUCAGAGAUUGACAGCCUGGCGUAAUUUGCUGGAAGAAACCCGACCAUCCGGACGACUUUUGGCCAAUCCAUUCGAGGAUUUUCAACUGGGAGAUACUUCAGGGUUUCGCCGGCGAAAAUUCAAGAAUCAAGGUCCAGCGCAGCAAAAGAAGAGAAAGAAGAAGAAACUGGCUCUUCCGGAGAAGAUAAAGCUUAUUAAGAAUCUCCCUUACAAUGGAAGCUACGAUCUCUCAGAUGACUACGAUUCCCUGGACAAUGUCUCUCGCAGUUCCAGACACGAGCACUGGGAUUACGGGAAGAAUAUCUCUUACGUGAGCGAUGAAUCCACGAAGAAACGCAACAAAUUGAAGAAAGAAAAUUGGAUAAAACUCACGCAGAUGUAUCCUCCGCCUCUAACCACGGACGUCCAUACCACUUCAGACGGUUUCUUUUGUGAAUCCCCGAAUAAGGAGUACUCUCAUUUUGUCAUGAGACGCAUCAAUCAUCAGCUCAAUGAAUCCCUGUUCGAGCGCAAUGCUCUCCUGGCCAUGUGCGACCUCGAGCAGGUGAUUGUGGGCACAAAUCUCUACAAUGACCUCUGCCAGCGGGAACUGACGUCGCAGCAUUGCUGCCGACCCUGGUCUAUUCCCAACUACGUCGCUCUGCUCACCAACAAGUCCACGUGCUUCGAUAUCGAGGACGAGGACGUGGGGAGCGUGAAGAAUCUUCUGCUGGACUGCUUCCCCUUCUACCACAGUCUCAAACUCAGCAAUGACUGCACGCAGUUCAAGUGCAAUGUCCCUCCGGAGUGCACACAAUUCAAUGCAGUCUACAACAUCCUCCACUAUCUCGCCGAUGUGGACUUCCUGACAAUUAAUGACUCGAAUAUUUUUCUGUCAACCGCCAUGGUUUUCAUUCCAAUAGCGAGAAGUACAAAGUCACUUCCGUUUUUUCAUCAUUUAAUGUCGGAACCGCUGAGGAAUGAGUUGAUUGACGUACCAGCAAUGGACAUGGGUCUCAAGAAUGCGCUCUUCGAUGAGUGUCUCCUUUCAGAUGGUUGGCUCAUUGGACUUGGAGGAAUUUUCAUUGUAGUCUGCAUGUGGAUGUACACGGCGUCACUCUUCGUCACAGCCAUGACCAUUGUUGCCAUCGUCUUUUCACUCGGAGUGUCCUACUUCAUAUACACCCUUAUCUUCGAGCUGUCCUUCUUCCCGUUCAUGAAUCUUCUGGCUGUCGUCGUAAUCGUUGGAAUUGGUGCCGAUGAUGCUUUUAUAUUUGUAAAAGUCUGGCGAUGUUGUAUAGCAGAGAGAACAAAAUCAAGUGGCUACAAUUUCAAUUCAACAUCAUCCUUCUCCUCCAACUUUUCCCACUCGGACACAAUAACUGAUUUGAUGGGGAUGACUCUCAAGCAUGCAGCUCUUUCUAUGCUCGUGACAUCAAUAACAACUUCUGCUGCCUUUUAUGCAUCCUUUGUCAGUUCAAUCACUGCAGUACGAUGUUUUGGUAUUUUCGCUGGAACAGCUGUGUUGGCCAAUUAUAUCCUUAUGGUGACAUGGCUUCCGGCUGCAGUGUCAAUAGCCGAGCGUCUGAGUUGUUUCCCAUCCCCAUGUGGACCAUUCAAGAGCAUCUGCACGAAAGUUCAGAAUUUGUUUUCCAAGUGUCGUCAAGCGUCGGAAGUGGCAGAAGAUUUUAUAAUACUUCUCGUGCUCAGAUAUUCGAGCUUUUGGAUAGUCCUCUUGGGUCUUGUUGGUGUUGCCAGUGGAGUUAUUGUGCUGUAUUGGCCACGCUUGCGUCUUCCUGAUUCACCAGAUUUCAAGCUCUUUGUCAGUAAUCACCCCUUUGAGGUGUAUGAUAGUCAAUUCAAGGAUAUGUUCUGGUUUGAGAAGAUCUAUACGUCCAGCGAGAGCUUUAAGCUGCCUCUGAGAUUUGUGUGGGGAGUGCAGCCAGUGGAUAAAGGGGACUACCUCAAUCCAGCUUCCAGGGGUCCAUUGUACCUCAAUGAGGCCUUCAAUGUGUCUCUACCAGAGUCACAAUUGUGGCUACUGGACUUCUGCAAGAAUCUCAGGAAUCAGUCUUUUUACCAGAAUAGCACGGGACUGUUGGUGCCUAAUUGUUUCAUCGAGAAUUUUUACACUUUCAUGAUGAGACGAUGUCUCGAUGCAAUGGCAGAAAUUGAUCGGGCGCCCUGCUGCGAGAACACAAGUCGCCCCUAUGAGGCCUACAUAUUCGAUGAGUGUCUGCCACAGUCAAUUUCAUCACUGUACGAGACACCACGUGAAUUUUUCAUUCCUGGUGUUGCUGGUCCCAAAUUUGCUCGUCCAUUGCGUGAUGGUGCGUCAUCGAAUGUGUCUCUGGUGCGUGCUCUGGUCGUUGAAUUUGACUCUACGCAGGCAUUUACGAUGUCGUAUUCGGAGGUGAGUCGAUUUGUGGCUGAGGUUGAGGAGUGGCUGAGGGGAGAAUUGGAAGUGGCACCGGAAGGAAUGAGGGAUGGAUGGUUCAUCAGUGAGUUGGAUUUCUACGAUUUGCAGGAUACCCUGUCUCAGGGAACACUUUUGGCUAUUUGCAUGGCCAUGGGAGUAGCUCUGUUGGUACUUUUGUUGGUCACACUCAAUGUUCUCAUCAGUUUCUAUGCCAUUGUCACGGUCACUCUGACCAUUUUUACCACAGUGGCCGUUUUGGUGGUACUGGGCUGGAAGCUCAAUGUACUGGAGAGUGUGGCAGUGACCACAGCCAUAGGGCUUGCGGUGGAUUUUAGUCUGCACUAUGGAGUACACUAUCGUCUAUCACCGGAUCCAGAUAGAGAGUCUUCUGUGCGAUUUGCUCUUAUGCGAAUGAUUGGACCAACAUCAAUGGCUGCCAUGACAACUGGAAUUGCCGGAGCCUUGAUGCUUCCCUCCCAUGUACUGGCCUACAUCCAAAUUGGCAUCUUCCUCCUUGUGGUCAUGACAAUAAGUUGGCUCUAUGCAACCUUCUUCCUGACAUCACUUCUGCGACUCGUGGGACCAGAAUAUGGCUUUGGGCAGUUUCGCUAUCCAACCCUUAGGACCCGAGAUUCCACAAAAACUGGCAAAAAUGGCCAGAAUCACGAGGGAAAUGGGAGUAGGAAUGUGGGACAGAGUGCAGUGUCUGAACAACUUCUAUCGGGCUCUAGUUCAGCUGCUGGAGACUUUGCAGGAUCGGAAUCACAUGAAUUGGAUUCCCUGACAUCGAAUUCCAUUAUAAAACCACCAACAACUCUUGAAUAUUCCCGGCCAAUUAACUUUGACAGGGCAUUCAAGAAGAAGUUUUCCUAUCCACGUGAACAGAGUCCCUCAACAGCUAGUGCCAUCACUGUAGUCCUUCCUGAUGAUGUUGCUCAGGAUCCCAAGCAAUUUUGACGAGUGGAGGAUUGUCAAUGAGGCACCAGGUAAGGGAGAUGUAAUUAUCUCCAUCAACACACACAAAACUCUCUACACUCAAAAUGAGAAAAUGUGAGAUUUUCAAUUAAGCUUCUUGGGCUUUUAGGGCAUUUCGAUUGGAGUGGGAAAUCAAAGAAAAUGAAAGUGAUACACAGUGGUAAGUAGAAUUACUUGAACAUCCUCUAACUCUGUGGUUUUCUUUUGUCACAAAAUGCUACUGGGGAUGAAUUACCUGUGAUAAAUAUGAGAUGCUAUGUAAAUCCAGGUACUCUGUAUGAGAUGAUCAAUCUGCUUGAAAUACCUGUGAUAAAUAUGUUUAGGGUUAGAGCAUGGGGCUCGAAGGGCAAAUUUUAAAAAGUCCUCCGUGCUGCCAAUCCACAGGAACAAGCGCAGAGAUUGAUCAAAACUAUCCACCAUCUUAUCCUUAACAACUUUUUAUUCACACUUCAGAACUAUUUUCAACAAAGAUUAAUUAGAAAAAUAAAGAUUAAAAUUGAGGAACACUUCGAUUGACUGACUUCAAAUGAGAGCGAGAGCACACAGUGACGAUGAAGAUUUUACAAAAAAAAUGUCUUUACAAAAGCAUGACGUUUUACAAAAAUGUGACCCGGUUGGACUCGCGUUGUGUUUUCGUAUUGCUUAUUCAUAUGUUGUUCAGCAACAGCUACGAAAAGAAGGAUUACAGUGCAGCCGGGCUUUUGCCAUGAAAGAUUCAUUACAACUGAGAGAAAUCCGAAAAAGUUAAAAUAACAUUCCGGAAAUGUUUAUUUUACUCUGCAGUAUUGAUCCGAAAUCGGUGUAAAUAUUAUCCUUUUUAGGUGUAUGAGGGGUUAAAGUGACCCUUUUCCAUGUUAAUUUUACCCUUUGAAAGGUGUAAAAUUAACAUUAAAAAAUGUUGAUAUAAAUAUUUUUACACCUAAAAAAUGUUAAAGUUAUGAGGAAAAAAGUUAAUCGCACCCCAGUUUUUUUCUCAGUGAAGAGAGACUAAUGCUUUGCAGCUCUUCCGGUGUUCGCCAGAGAAUUCGUUCCUUUUCAAAAUGAAAGACUUCGAAUUUUUUCCAUUUUUAAAAUUCGAAGUCUUUCAUUUUGAAAAAGAAAGAAAUUCUCUGGCGAACACCGGAAGAGCUGUAACCACGUAGGACUCGCCAGAUACAUAUUGAAUGGAGACUAAUGCUUUUCACGGUCAAGUUUGCUCGGUUGCGAUACAGGUUCUGUGCUUCCGUCUGAAUAUUUUUAGGGCAUGUUACGGAUUGAUUCUGUCAGUUCAUACGAGAAUAGCCAAAAUAAUUAGUGUUUCUCGACUUUCUAAGUAGCAGGAAUAGAGAUACAGUGCUGUCUCUCUAUAUGCACACUCUCUAUAUGCACAGCUUUUGUGUCGGUUGCAUUCAAAAUCAAUUUGUUUACAUUUUAACAAAGUAAUAAAGAAAAUUAUUUUCUUGGUAACUAAUUUUUCUUGUUUUUAAUUUUCUUAAUUUUAUUUUUUCUAUCUCAUAUUAUAUUGAAAAUAACACGAGAAAUUCUAGAACAAUAAAAAAAUGAUAAUUUAUUAAAAGAAAAAAACCGUUGGGAAUUUCAAAAAAAGUUGUGCAUAUUCAGAGAGAGAACUGUCAAAAAAAAAGUACCCAAACUGUGCAUAUAGAGAGACAGCACUGUACAAAUAAUUUACAGCUAAUUUAUUUCAUAAAUAAUGGGAAAAUUGCGAUUUAAAUAUAAGUGACGAAAAGUGGGGCACUGGCGAGAAGCGAGAAGUGGUGAUUCCAUCCUACUGACCCCCUAGUAGUGUGAGAAAACCCCUGGGAAGGCAUCUUAAACUCGGAUCGUGCAUUUUGCACAAGGAUCUUGCCGGAAUUCAGGAUUAGCCUUAUGUUAAUCUCGUGAAGUUCUGGUAACCCUUGUUCGUGCUAAUGAAGAAAUCACUAACGGAUACGGGCAGAAUCACAUUGGAAGUAAAAUGCUCACCGUCACCGUCAAAGCAUCACCGUUUUUCCUUAAUAUACGUAUCUUCAUUGCAAUUCUUACGCAAAUUCCCUAUUACCGUAUUACCUCAUCAUAUACUCUGAGGCACUAGAUAAAAAACAAUAUAAUGCCCUAGACACACUUACAACUAAAGUCCAGACACGACUAUGCUAGUUCAUAGCCAAGUCAGUUCCUGACACACUACGGACGAAAAUUAGCAUUCACUGGUAUGCACAAAACAUAAUUUUCGUGGGUUUUUAUGCAGAUAUUUUUACUUAAAUGUAAUAAUACUCCUCUGAAAAUGAAACUAUUUGUGAAUUCAUGUCUCAGAACACGUGUAAUAAUUAUUGUUAAUUGCAAUUAUUAGUUAAUUGUAAUUAACUCGUGACUUAAGUCAAUUUAGGCGAUUCUAGUGAAUAAUUCUUGUUGUUAUACGUGAAUUGUGAAGUACAUUUAAAAGUAGUUCAUUUUGAAAGGACUACUAGUGCAUUUCAGCAGAAAUAUCUGCAUAAAAACCCACGAAAGUUAUGUUUUGUGAGUGCCAAAAAAUGUUAAGCCUUGUUUGUAGUGUCAGGAACUGAGUUGGCUAUGAACUAGCUUAGUCGUCUCUGGACUUUAGUCGUAAGUGUGUCUAGGGCAUAAGACUAUCUCUUGUACAGGUAAAUUAAGGAAAAACGGUGAGGCUUUGACGAUGACGAUGAGAAUUUUACUGUCAAUGUGAUUCUGCUCUACUUCACCUUAGCUCUAUUACACUCUUAAAUAGUUUUGAUCUCGUAUCAUAUUCCGGCCCAGUUUGGACAAAAAAAUUGUGAAUAAAAAUAAUAUGAUUGCUUGAUUUUUUAUAAGCAACGUCACUGUCAGACUUCUUUCUUUUCACGAGUUGUCAGAGAUUUUAAACCGUCAUACUUAAUGCCGCUAGAUGGCGUCUUCUACACAGAUUGUAGCUAAAAAUGCAAUGGCGGAGAAUUAUUCACGAUUGGUAUUUUUUUUGCAUGUUGUAUAAAUCCACAGAGUUUAUUUGGGUGUUUGUGUAAUUUUCCAAACCACUGUAUUAUUAUCUGACGUUUUCUCAAGAGAAAAGCUAUUAUUUUCCCGCCCAUACUUUUAUCUCUAUAGAGGCCUCAACUUUGAUCUCUUUGUGGUACUUAAUGUGUUCUUAUAGGAAAAGCAAGAGGUAGUGAUGGAAGAAAGAAUGUUUAAGAAAAAAAAAGUAAUUGUAUAAAUUAUAUUAGACAUUAGAGUAUCUUGAAACUUUUUCCCAUAACUUUCACGAUACGCUGUGCCAAGAAUAAACUAAUAUGUUUAACUAUCCACAAGGACAUUUUCCUCUAUCCGUGUUACACACGUGAAUGAGUAAGGGAAAGUGUUAUAAAGUUUGCACAUUCUGUUGAUAUAUGCCAAGGAGUAAUGUAGUGCGAAUUAUGAUAAUGAAAAAAAAGGAAUUAAAAAUAAGAAAAAAAAAUAUAAAUUUGAAAUGAAAUAUUGACUGAUUUUAUAGACAAAUAUGAAAAGAAGAGUUUCAUGAUAGAAAAUAUUUCAACUUUGCAAUUUUGCAUUAAGAAAUUAGAUACUAAAGUGUUUGCAGAAAAUAAGGUAGUAAGAGAUGUUACAAAAAAAGCGUGUAUUUGUUUGUUCUUUGUAAUAGAAAUUAUAUUACAGGGAAAUAAGGGGGUUAUAAUGGUGAAUAUCUUGAAUCUCUUUCUCUGUAAAUGUUUUUCUCCUUGCAUUUCAAUUUGGAGAUUCCUUGUUUGGCUAAGAAAUGAGAAGAAAAAAAAACAGAAGAUAUUAAUUGUGAUAAUUAAGUGAGAGGAAAAUGAUGUUACAUAAGACAAAAAUGCAUUGUGUGCAUAUUAGUAAAGUAUAUAAGAAGUGAAGAUAAAAUAUAUUAUCAAUUAAUUUGUGAAA